GCGCUCGGGCCGGGCUCUGCAGGCUGCGGCGGGAGCGGGACCUGCGCGGCGGCGGCGGCGGCACUGUCCACUGUCAGUCCCCCGAGCUGGUAUCCCAGGGCUUCAUCUGAAAUUCACACCAGGUUCUUGUUGGUCAUUUGUUUGCCCCAGUGUUCGUCCAGCAAAGCUUCGCGUUCCCUCAUUGAGUUCUUGGUGAAAACAAGUAGCGGAAACGGUGAACCAUGGAGCUGUAUUUCGGCGAAUACCAACACGUACAGCAAGAAUAUGGCGUCCAUCUGAGACUCGCAAGCGAUGAUAGCAAAAAGCCAAGGAAUUCCCAACACUCUAAGGCAGGCUCCUAUGGUGUCAGUAUUCGGGUGCAGGGAAUCGAUGGUCACCCCUACAUAGUCCUGAAUAACACAGAGCGGUGUCUGGCAGGCACAUCUUUUCCUGAAAAUGGGCCACCAUUUCCAUCUCCAAUGAGAAGUAACCUGCCUCUGCAUUCCAGCAACGGGUCCGUGCUGGAGGAGAGCAGCGCAGAGGAAUUGCAGCUCCCAGAAAAUCCGUAUGCCCAGCCCAGCCCAGUAAGAAACCUGAAACAGUCCUCUCUCUUCGAAGGCAAGAACGGGGUUCUAGAACGCAAAGAGGGGCCAAUGAAGCCAUCCCACGUGUUGAACUUUCAGAGGCAUCCAGAGCUUCUGCAGCCCUAUGACCCUGAAAAGAAUGAAUCGAACUUGCAAAACCACCAGCCUCCUGAGCAUAAUUGGCUAAACACAUUGACAGAAGAAGGUACCAACAAUAAGAAGGCAUGGACCUGCUUCCCCAAGCCUGGUAGUUCCCAGCCUACCAGCCCUCCUUUGGAAGAUGCGGGCAAAUCCGGCGUGACGGCCAUCCGUUUGUGCAGCUCUGUGGUCAUCGAUGACCCCAAGAAGCAGACCUCAGUGUGCGUAAAUGUUGAGAGCUGCACCGGGGAGGCGCUGGUAGGGGAGGCCCCUUCCCCUAGUGGGAGGUCCCCCACUGCCCACAGCCCGCACACCCAUCCUGAAGCCAAGAAAGCCAGGCCGGACGUGCUUCCCUUCCGGCGACAAGAUUCAGCGGGACCUGUCCUGGACGGAGCUCGGUCCCGGAGGUCCUCUUCCUCGUCGGCAACCCCCACGUCAGCCAACUCUUUGUACAGAUUUCUGCUUGAUGAUCAGGAAUGUGCCAUCCACGCUGACAAUGUGAAUCGCCACGAAAACAGACGGUAUAUCCCCUUCCUGCCAGGAACUGGGCGGGAUAUUGACACGGGAUCAAUUCCUGGUGUGGAUCAACUGAUUGAAAAGUUUGACCAAAAACCCGGGCUUCAGAGGAGAGGAAGGCCUGGGAAGCGGAACAGAAUCAAUCCAGAAGACAGGAAGAGGUCCAGAAGCGUGGAUAGUGCCUUUCCUUUCGGUCUGCAGGGGAACUCGGAGUACCUCAGCGAAUUUAGCCGGAACCUGGGCAAGUCCAGCGAACACCUCCUCCGCCCGUCGCAGGUGUGCCCGCAGCGGUCACCUGCCCAGGAGCACCGCGGGAGACAGAGCGUGGGCCGCGCCUUCGCCAAGCUGCAGGGGGCCCACCUCCGGCCUGCCCAGCAGAGCAAAGAUGGGAAAGCUCCAGCAAACAGAGGGGGUCGGGAGAGUACAAACACGCGUGUGUCCUCCCCCCCAGCCCAGAAUAAAAAGGAGGACGAAAUCAAGACAGCCACGGCGACGCUGAUGUUACAGAAUCGGGCCCUAGCGACUUCGCCCGACUCUGGUGCCAAGAAGAUUUCUGUGAAGACAUUUACUUCCGCCUCCAACACUCAGGCCACACCAGAUCUGUUGAAAGGCCAACAAGAGCUCACUCAACAAACCAAUGAGGAGACGGCCAAGCAGAUACUUUACAAUUACCUCAAAGAAGGAAGCACCGAUAAUGAUGAUGCGACUAAACGGAAAGUCAACCUGGUCUUUGAGAAAAUCCAGACUUUAAAGUCUCGAGCAGCAGGGAGCACACAAGGAAAUAAUCAAGCUUCUAAUUCUUCAUCUGAAGUCAGAGAUCUGCUGGAACAGAAAAACAAGCUGACCACAGAAGUGGCUGAACUUCAGAGACAGCUUCAACUAGAAGUCAAGAAUCAGCAGAACAUCAAAGAAGAGAGAGAGAGAAUGAAAGCAAAUCUGGAGGAGCUCCAGGGCCAGCAUGAUAGUAAAGUGGAAGAGAACUCCAUGCUACAGCAGCGCCUGGAAGAGAGUGAAGGGGAGCUCCGCAAGAACCUGGAGGAAUUGUUCCAGGUGAAGAUGGAACGGGAACAGCACCAGACUGAGAUCAGGGAUCUCCAGGACCAGCUCUCAGAAAUGCAUGAUGAAUUGGACAGUGCUAAACGAUCUGAGGACAGGGAAAAGGGAGCCCUGAUUGAGGAACUCUUACAGGCAAAACAGGAUCUUCAGGAUCUGCUCAUCGCCAAAGAGGAGCAGGAGGACCUCUUGAGGAAGCGGGAGCGUGAACUGACUGCCCUGAAGGGAGCCCUGAAGGAAGAGGUGUCCAGCCACGACCUGGAGAUGGAUAAGCUGAAGGAGCAGUAUGACGCCGAGCUGCAGGCCCUGAGGGAGAGUGUAGAAGAAGCAACCAAGAACGUCGAGGUCCUGGCCAGUCGGAGCAACACUUCAGAGCAGAGCCAGCUGGGGGCUGAAAUGCACGUGAAGGCUCUGCAGGAGGAGAAUGAGAAGCUGCGGGAAAGCAUCGAAGAGCUGGAGCAGAGCGUCGCUCGGCUGCAGAGGCAGAUUGCUGACAUGAAGGACGAUGAGGUCAAGGCAAAGGAAAGGCUCACAAAAUGCGAGAGAGAAAACCGGCAAUUAGAGGAGGCCCUUGUGAAUGCAAGAAAGGAAGAAAGAGAAGCCACAUCAGUCAGAAGGACCCUGGAGGGUGAGCUGGAAGAUGUGCAGAGAAAUCUGAGUCGGGCCACCCAGGAGCAGAAGCAGUUGUCUGAGAAGCUUAAAGAUGAGACUGAGCAGAAAGAGCAGUUAAGGAGGCUGAAGAACGAGAUGGAGAACGAGCGAUGGCAUCUGGACAAGACCAUUGAAAAAUUGCAGAAAGAGAUGGCUGACAUUGUUGAGGUGUCCCGUGUAUCAACACUGGAGCUCCAGAACCAGCUGGAUGAGUACAAGGAGAAAAAUCGCAGGGAACUUGCAGAAAUGCAAAGGCAGUUGAAGGAGAAAACGCUAGAGGCUGAAAAGUCACGUCUGACUGCCAUGAAACUGCAGGAUGAGAUGCGUCUGAUGGAGGAGGAGUUACGGGACUACCAGAGAGCUCAGGAUGAGGCGCUCACAAAAAGGCAGCUUCUGGAGCAGACACUCAAGGACCUGGAAUACGAGCUGGAGGCCAAAAGUCACCUCAAAGAUGACCGAAGCAGACUCGUCAAGCAGAUGGAGGACAAGGUGUCUCAGCUGGAGAUGGAACUGGAAGAAGAAAGAAAUAACUCGGAUUUGCUCUCGGAGAGGAUCACUCGGAGCAGGGAACAGAUGGAGCAGAUGAGGAGCGAGCUCCUGCAGGAAAGAGCUCUCAAGCAGGACUUGGAGUGUGACAAGAUUUCCUUGGAGAGGCAGAACAAAGAUUUAAAGAGCCGGAUUAUCCAUCUGGAAGGCUCCUACAGGUCCAGCAAAGAGGGGCUGGUGGUGCAGAUGGAGGCCAGGAUCGCGGAGCUGGAGGACCGUCUGGAAAACGAGGAGAGGGACCGGGCCAGCCUCCAGCUCAGCAACCGACGGCUGGAGCGGAAGGUGAAGGAGCUAGUGAUGCAAGUGGACGAUGAGCACCUGUCUCUGACUGAUCAGAAGGACCAGCUUAGCUUGCGCUUGAAAGCAAUGAAACGACAAGUAGAGGAGGCCGAGGAGGAGAUCGACAGACUAGAAAGUUCUAAAAAGAAGCUGCAGAGGGAGCUGGAGGAGCAGAUGGAUGUGAAUGAGCAGCUGCAGGGACAACUCAAUUCCAUGAAGAAGGACCUAAGACUCAAGAAGCUGCCGAGCAAAGUGCUGGACGACACGGAUGAUGAUGACCUCAGUACGGACGGGGGGAGCCUCCACGAGGCGCCGCUGAGCUACACCUUCCCCAAGGACAGCGCUGCCACCAGCCAGAUCUGAGUCCCGGGGCUGCGGCGGUGGCCCGUCACAUGUCACAGGGCCCCGCAGCGGGGAGCGGGAGAGGUGGUGUCUGUGCGGAGCGGAGACCAGAGACCCAGAGACCCGGAGCCCUGUGCACCUCUUCUUUGCAGAGGCUGAUUCCUUCCUCCACAUCGCAUAGGAGCCACCACUCACCGUGGGGUUCGGAGAAUAUAAUUUGGCAGGAGGAAGCCCCGGUUCUGCACAGCUGUCCGCCGGCACCCUUUGCAGGGGUGCUCCUGCCCCCUCCUACCUCCCCUUGCCAAGGGAAAGGGUCCAAAAUGCUAGUUGUUAUUUAAUAGCCCUUGUGCAGGGGAGGAGAUGGUGAAUAGACUGUACAUAUUUUAAUCCAGAUUCUCCUGGGCUGCUGCUGCUCCAUCGUGGAAUGUUACGGAAGCUUCGUAGGGCGGCUUGUUUGUAAACUCCACACACACAUCUGUCUUACUAUUUUUUAAAACGUGUAGCUACUAGAUUUUAAGUAUUAAGACACAGAGAUGAGAGAGAGUAGAAUGGAGACUACUUUCGACAUCAGAGAUGGAGAAAAGGAAUUGUUGGGACAAGGAACAGUUGAGCCUCAGGAGAGAAACGCAAGUGGUCUUGAACGGCUUAUGAAGGGAGAGAAAGGCAGAAGGUCGCAUGUGUCUGUGGCCCCAUGGGGGCCACUAUCCCUCGGUUACUUAUUUUAUUUAGAAUUUUGUUAAAAUUUCUGGACCAUGCUGAGACCAGUUCUCAGUCACCAACUGCAAUUUCUUUCCCACAGUUGUGGGGUAGGGAGACUUUUAAGUAAAGUUUUUGACAAAUGAUGUGGUUUCUGGAGGGUUGAGGUCCUCCUGUCAUUUCUUAUGGGUCCUUUCCUCCCUCCAUCCACAUCAGGCCUCCAAGUAGCCUCCUCUGCCUGGUGGUUGCUGGGUGAGGAGUGGAAGGGCUUGGGUCAAGGCUCCUGGACGUACGUGUGAAGAAGGGGUGGGCAGUGUCCAGGAGGUCACAGGGAGAGGGAAGAGAGGAAGUAAGCAGGGUGUGGGGGGGAGGGAAGAAAGGGAAGUUCUUGAAAGCUGGGGGAUGUGUAGACAAGGUGCAGAUUGAUCUGGAGUUCAAGUUUAUGUCAGGAAAGCGAGGGGAAAAAAUGAGAGACAGGAGGUGUGUCUGUGCAGACUGGAAGGCUCCUCCCAGCCUCCUGGGACAGAGGGACAUCGGCUGGCACCAGGCACAAAAUAACUGGGGUCGGAUGAGGUCUGGGAUGAGAUCACGUUGCUGGGACAGCAUUACAGGGAGCAUGGAAUUGAGAACUUGCAGUCCUGCUGUAUCCCGGUCCUUCUGGCCUUCCUGGUGUCCCCUCCCUCUCUGACUAUUCCCAGGUAUGUCCAGAGGCCGAGUCCAGCCACACUGGGCCCCCACAGGUCAGGGUCAGGGUGUAAAGCAGGCAGCUCAGUUGGGUCACAGCCAGGGAGAGAACCGUGUAGGAUGUGUGUGUGUGUGUGUGUGUGUGUGUGUGUGUGUGUGUGUAUACGGGGGGCGAGGUGAUAGUAUUCAGUUGUGUCUGCAGUGUCCCCAAGUGUCCUAAGAGGAGAAGCCGCUGGACCAGAGAGCUCUGUGGCAGUUACCAUGAGGAGCAGGGAGUUUCAGUGCCCUGCCUACCCCAGGUCACAAAGCCCACCGAACAGGAUUCAGAGUGAUCAGCCUGGUUUAUGGGCAGGUGUCACCAUCCUCCCUCCCCAACAGAUGAGGCUCCUGGAGCCACGAGAGCCAAGCCCUCUUCCACCUCUGCUGCCUUGGAGUGGUUCUUGCCUCUACUUACUCAUUUGAGGUGUGGAGAGAUUCCUCCCUUGCGCUGUUCAUUCAUUUAACAGUUAUUAGGCAUCCACCAUGUGUCCGACGCAAUCCUUGGCACUGGGAUAUUCCGUAAGAGACCCAGAUCCCCUCCCAGAGUGUGGUUCGGGGAAAGGGGGCAAUGACAAUAGUCAUACAAAUGGAUGCAGAGGCUGAGCCCCUCCAUACCCAGCCCUGGAGCCCCUCUGUCCUCCUGGGGACACAACAAGCCUGACUCACUGGAAUUCCCAGGGGGUUCUUGGACCCUCAGUAGAGACUUGAUUUCCCUGCUGGUUCCGCUAUCAUUAGAUAUUUGCCAAGAACUCGGCCUAAAAAUGCCUCAGCCCACUCAUAACUACAGGUGGGAGAUGAGAAGAUCGGAAGAUGCAAGAACUUGGGGGGGUGGUGAGUGUCUAUCUUGGAUUUGUGAGAAAGUCACUGCCACUGUUUCCGGCCAGUUCCUUGUGGUAGCUAUGAGGCUUGGCUACAAGAAACAAAAAUGCCAAUGGAAAGAGAACACAAGUCACUGUCCAAGAGGGUUGCAUCCUCACAGUAAAAGACGGGCCGUUGUAAAUGUUAAAUGCAUCAUCCUGCCGGGGAAUGGUGCUGGCACUGAGGCAUCAUGCAGUGUAGCGGGGUGGGAAGAACAUUGGACUGGGACUUGAGAGAUGUUUUAAGUCCUCACUCUUCUUGCCCUGUGACCUUGACAGGGAGUGACCUUGAUGGGGCGUGUGCUCCCAGAGCCCAAGAUUGCCUGGAAUAAAUGAGGACCAUGGUGCAAGGUCCUUCCUUUCCAGCUCUGACAUGCUAUCAUUCUUUGAUUUUAUUAUAUACUCAUAUUUUUGUUCAUUGCUUUAAGGACUAACCCUACUCAAGAAUAUUUAGCUAGCUUAAAAAGAAAAAAAAAUUAUUUAAUAAACAAAUAUGUGGCCAAAUGCAAUGCUGAGGAGACAAUCAUCGUAUAUCUUUAUAAUUUUUCCCCCCUGCUUCGGAGCGUCAUUUGACAAAGGCAAGAGGCUUAUUCCGUUGUGCUUCGGCUUUCGAGUAUGUUUGAUUGCUUUGAUUUGUCAUGGGGAAGAGACGUUUGUGUGCAGCUACCUCCAUGUACGUGAACUGGAUAAAGCAAGGUUUGCCUUUCAAUAAAUGGUGUCACCCGACAGGA